CAGGGGUGCAUAGAGUCCGGAAGAAACAUCGUGCCCCGGUGACCGAGUUGUUCUGUUCAUCACAUUUUUACCGGGAGAACGAAUGACAAGAUGCCGCAACUUCAGCAAACAAAGCACCUUGUAACUGGGGACCCUUUGCCGCCUCUUGAGCAAGGAAAGGUUCGUCUCUAUAGCAACGGAUUCUGUCCCUUUGCACACAGAGCAAGACUUACUCUUGCAGCUAAGGAAGUAACGUACCACAUCAUUAACAUUAACCUGAAGCAGAAACCAGAAUGGUACUUCACCAAGAACCCUCUGGGCUCCACGCCGUGCUUAGAGAGCGAUGAGAAGAUCGUAACCGACUCUGCCAUCAUAUGCGACUACCUCGAUGAUGCCUAUAGUAGCAAUCCACUCUGGCCAGAAGACCCUUACCAGAAAGCCCGAGAUAAGAUGGUCCUAGAUUACCACUCCAGCAAGGUAAGUCCAGCUUUCUUCAAGUGCUCCUACUAUCCUGUCAAAGGAGAAGAAGAGAAGUGGUUCCAAGAAUAUCUGACUCAUCUCGCUGUGAUUGAGGAGAAACUCAAAGAGAGGAAUACACCGUUUUUCGGAGGAUCCAAGCCCGGGAUGUUGGACUACUUGAUCUGGCCUUGGUUUGAACGUCAGGUCGUGUUCGGCGAUAAAUUCCCCUUCGAUAAGUUUCCAACCUUGACAGCUUACCGUGAUGCUAUGAAGCAAGACACAGCAGUCCAGCAAGCAGCACUACCAGACUCACUGAUCCUCAAGUUUUUCAACAACUACAUCAACGGUAUCUAUGACUUUGAUAUCGAGUGAAAAAAUAUCGAAGACCAAAAUGAGAAUAAUUAUUCGUGUGCCUUCAGUAGAAGAACACUGCUCUCCGAUGCCUUAAAGCCAUUAUACACUUUCGGUAAACAGUAUUGUCCAAGUCCCACACUUUGUGUAUCACAACUAAUGUA